ACCAUUUGUUUACAAAAUCACCAAACACCGCCCCAACGCCGGACGGCAACUGCGUGCGUGCGAGAAAAGAAUACAGCAAAACUCACAAUGAUCAGCGUGCGAGUGAACAAUUUCAACGAAAACUUCCUCAACGAAACCGAUGGCGACUCGAACUCGGUCCUCAUCGAGCUGGACAAGGGCCUGCGGUCGAGCAAGAUCGGCGACCAGUGCGAGGCAAUCAUCCGCUUCCCCAAGCUGUUCGAACGCUAUCCCUUCCCCAUCCUGAUCAACUCGUCCUUCCUGAAGCUGGCCGAGUUCUUUCGCAUCGGCUCGAACCUGUCCCGGCUGUGGAUACUGCGCGUUUGCCAGCAGAGCGAAAAGCACCUGGAAAAGAUCAUCAACAUCGACGAGUUUCUGAAGCGCAUCUUUAUGGUGAUCCACUCGAACGAUCCGGUGGCGCGGGCCCUCACGCUCCGCACGCUCGGCGCAGUGGCGUUCGUCAUUCCGGAGAAGCAGCACGUCCACCAUGCGAUUCGCAUGGCGCUGGACAGUCACGAUACGGUCGAGGUGGAGGCGGCCAUCUUCGCCAGCGUACAGUUCGCGGCCCAGUCGAAAACGUUCGCUGUCGGCAUGUGCUCCAAGGUAGCGUCGAUGAUCGAGAGCCUGCAGACGCCGGUCAACAUGAAGCUGCACCUGAUACCGGUGCUGCGGCACAUGCACCACGACGCCAGUACGGCCGCACUGGUGCGCGCGCUCUGCCGUGAUCUGCUGCCGAAGUAUCCGUCCGAGCAGUUUGUGGUGGAAAUCAUACGCUCCCUGUCGCAGCUGUCCUGUGCCACGCUGGUGGACAUACCGGAUCAGGUCGAUUUGCUGCUGGUGUACCUGCAGGACCCGCGCAAGCGGGUACAGUCUACGGUGCUGCUGUCGCUGAAGAAGCUGGCGGAGAAGGGCGCGUAUCUGUGGCCCAAGACGGCGAUCAGCCGGCUGCUGCAGCUUACCGUGCAGUGCAGCAACCAGAACAUGGCGCUGGACGUGAUACUGACGCUCACCAAGUGUCCCCACACCUGCCACACGAUGCUGAACGAGGAGCAGCAGCAGAUACUGGACGUGUGCAAGAACUGCCUGCUGAUGGAGAACGACAGCGGUGGCCGCGCGAUGACGAUCCUCACCAGCCUGAUCACGUACUGCCACACGGAGAACAUCCCUCCGCCGGUGCACGUGCUCGAGUAUCUGGACAUGCAUCUGGAGUUUCUCAUUCAGGCAUCGCUGCAGAACAGGGCCUCGCUGAAGGACUUCCGCCUGUAUCUGAAGUGUGGCGUGCAGCUGUCCAAGACGAGCCGUGAGUUUGGGGAAAGCUUCGCGGAAAUGAUUGCGGAGCUGCUGAGCGAGGAGCACUCCACGUCUACCGCCGGCCACUCGAAGCUGAUCUGCGAGGCGCUCGGUGCGAUCUGCUCGAACGUGAUCGUGUCGUGCGAGUUUUACGAAACUCAACUACCCGGCACGAGCCCCUUCAGUGGCGUGAUGCAGCAUUUGCUGCGCAAGCUGGAAGCGCUGGCCCGGUCGAGCGGCGGGUCGGAGUCGCUGGACAAGGAGAGGACGAACAUCGUGGAGCUGCUCGCCGCGAUUUGCAUGCAGGCCAUGCUGGGAUCCUUCAUGCCGGACAACGUGAUCGGCAUCUUUGUGCAGCUGCUGCAGACGACGAACCCGUGGACGCAGUACCGGAUCGCCCGCUCGGCCUCCCGCUACGGGCAGCACUUUCUUGCCGCGCUCAUCUACGAGAAGCUGUCGCGGAACAUUUCGCUGGAAAACUUGCACUUCUAUCUGGUGGCACUGGGCCAGAUCUCAAAGGCGGAGUGCAUCCUUAACCACGGCCAGGAGUAUGAGGCGCUUGCCCAGAGGCACGUCAAGCGGGAACCGGGUGCGGCGGUGCCGGGUGCGACCGGUUCCCUCUCGCUCAUCGAUCGGCUCGAGAAGGCAAUUAAUCUGUACUGCAUCGCGCUGUCCACGCUGAAGGCCAGCUCGUCGCCCCAGCACCCGCUGGCGUUCCAGUCGGAGCUGAUCCGCCUGCGGUGCACGUUUCUCGAGGUGCUGCACAGUGUGGUGAUCACGCGGAACACGCUCUGCAUCACGCCGCCGUCGGAAAUUUCGCAAACGCUGGCGCAAAACUGCCGCGAUCCGCUGCAAAAGUACGGCCACAUCACGAACCAGCUGCGCAAGCACGUGAAGCUGCUGAAAAACUGCGAAGAUGCGUACGGCCGGCUGUACAAAAGCUCGUUCGAUGCCGAUCCCGGCACGCUGGAGCACCUGGAAGCGGUACAGCACCUCUGUGCCACGCUGCAGCUUUCCAUCGAGACGAUUUCGUUCAUCAACCCGUCGGAAACGCCGAAGGUGGCACCGCAAUCGAGCCAUCCCGAGACGCGCUACCUGCUUUCCGUGUGCCGGACGGUGCUGAAACAUCUGCAGCUGAUACCGGCCGAGGUUCCCGGCGGCACCAAAACGCUCACCCACGAGCACACGGACAUGAUGAUGAAGCAGAUUGAAACGGUGGUCCGUUCGUCCCACUGUACGCCGCGCUUCUUCUUCCAGGUGCUGCAGAACACGUCCGUGAAGCUAGCGCUCACACCGCAGCCCCGCGCCACCGGUGAACCGGUGUUCGUGCAGCCGAACAGCCAUCUGGUGGUGAAGGUGGAAGGUGUCAUCCAGCACUACGGCCGUACGCCGUCGCUGUUCCGGGCGAUCAACAGCAUCCAGCUGACGCUAAACUCCACCCUGAUGACGUCCCGGCCGAACGAUGUGAAGCUGCUGUCGGACAGUCUCACACUGACGCAGGUGGUGAAACCGCACCGGGACUUUCUGAGCGGCAGCUUCCUGAUUGCGCUGAACAACACGGCGCACACGUUCAACGGUGGGCCGGUCAGCUUGGGUGGCCAGUGGCAGCUGAAUCUGGAGACGUGCAUCAUCGACGACAAUGGGGUGAUGUGGCAGACCGGGCCGAAGAGUACGCUGCUCGUGCGCAUACCGGAGGAUAAUCACAAACAGUCGCUUGGAAUGCAGUCGACCGUGAGGAGGUUUUAAAGUGCAAAGUAAUUGGAAGGGCUUUAUAUUUUGUACGAUUUUUUUCUAACAAUAAAGUGUAUUAUGAAACAUUUUCGAAUUGGAA